CCGCGGGCCAUGGCGGGCGAGGACCACCAGUGGCAGGGCAGCAUCCUCUACAACAUGCUCAUGAGCGCGAAGCAAACGCACGCAACUCCGGAGGCGCCCGAGGCACGGCCGGGGGGCGCGUGCUGGGGCUGCUCCUGUGGCUCGGAGCCCCCGGUGGGCAGAGAGGGGCUGCCAGGUGAACGGGCAGUGGCGCUUCUGUACCGCUGCUGCUUUUGCGGUGAAGACCACCCGCGGCAGGGCAGCAUCCUCUACAACAUGCUCACGAGCGCGAAGCAAACGCAGGAGACUGCGGAGGCGCCCGAGGCCCGGCUGGGGGGCGCGUGCUGGGGCUGCUCCUGUGGCUCGGAGCCCCCAGUGGGCAGAGAGGGGCUGCCGGGUGGGCGGGCCACGGUGCUCCUGUACCGCUGCUGCUUUUGUGGUGAAGACCACCCGCGGCAGGGCAGCAUCCUGUACAGCUUGCUCACCAGCGCAAAGCAAACGCACGUGGCUCCGGAAGCUCCUGAGGCGCGGCCGGGGGGCGCGUGGUGGGACCGCUCCUACUGCGCGCAGAGGCUGGGGGGCAGAGAGGAGCUGCCGCGCGGGCGGGCCUUGGCGCUCCCGUACCGCUGCUGCUUUUGCGGUGAAGACCACCCGCGGCAGGGCGGCAUCCUCUGCAACGUGCCCACGAGCGCAAAGCAAACGCACGUGGCUCCAGAGGCACAGCCGGGGGGCCCCUUGUGGGACCCCUCGUGCGGCGCGCAGCGGCGGGUGGCCCUCAAGAGCCCACAGGUGGUCUGCGAGGCAGCCUCGGCGGGCCUGUUGAAGACGCUGCGCUUCGUCAAGUACCUGCCCUGCUUCCAGGUGCUGCCCCUGGACCAGCAGCUGGUGCUGGUGCGCAGCUGCUGGGCGCCGCUACUCCUGCUGGAGCUGGCCCAGGACCGCUUGAACUUUGAGACGGUGGAGACCUCGGAGCCCAGCCUGCUGCAGAAGAUCCUCACCACCAGGCGGCGGGAGACCGAGGGCGACGAGCCGCAGCCACAUUUGGUACUGCCGCCGGAGGCCGAGCAUUUGCCGUUGGCCGCCGAGGUCCAAGCCAUCAAGGGCUUCCUCGCCAAGUGCUGGAGCCUGGACAUCAGUACCAAGGAGUACGCCUACCUCAAGGGGACCGUGCUCUUUAACCCGGACCUACCAGGUCUGCAGUGCGUGAAGUACAUCCAGGGACUUCAGUGGGGAACCCAGCGGAUACUCCGUGAACACGUCAGGGUGACACACAGGGGGCACCAGGCCAGAUUUGCCGAACUGAACAGCACCCUUUUCCUGCUGAGAUUCAUCAAUGCCAAUGUCCUGGCCGAACUGUUCUUCAGGCCCAUCAUCGGCCCAGUCACAAUGGAUGAUAUGAUGCUGGAGAUGCUCUGUGCGAAGUAAUGAAGGCACGGGGGCCACACACAUGCAGUUCACCAUGAAGCACAAAUGAGGAGCUGU